UUCCAGGAAUUAGAGCUUGGAUGUUUUGGGGGUGCAUUACUUUUAGCUUGCCACAAAGGGUAUAAAGAAGGGUAAAACAUAUCCUAUCCUAGUGCAGCUUAAAGUCUAGUAGGAUAUGCUGUAAGAGAGAAAAAAAAUGACUUCUGGAUUGCUGUGAAAAGACCCUUCUAAGUUACCAUAGGUUGGUACUUCAGCUUUUCCCCUGGAAAACAGAAGAGGUAAAUGAAUAUUCCUGUGAUAAUGUGGAUACAAAGCCUGAAUUAACCCCUUAGAAGAGUGAAAUUUCUUUAUAUUCUAAUCUUCUGCCUUAAAAAUUCAUGUUGACAUUGCAUCGUGUCAUAAGUGAUCUGAAGGCGCCAACCACUUGAACUUCCGGGAUCAAGUGAGGUUCCUGCACUUGAGUCCUUUGCACUGUUUGCUUCUGUGAGUCGCUGUAACUUUCAGUUUGAUUUUUACUACCCUUGGAUGCACUCCUGAUAUGGAGAAGAUUGAGGAACAAUUUGCUAAUUUGAACAUUGUUAAACGUUCCUCAGAAACUAAAGAGCCUACUUAUCUGCUUGGCAUAGACACAUCAAAGACUGUACAAGCAGAAAAAGGAAGCUUGGUUGCUGUUUUAUGUUCUAAUGGAUCAAUCAGAAUAUAUGACAAAGAAAGAUUAAAUGUACUGCGAGAAUUUAGAGGAUAUCCUGGACUUAAUGGAGUCAAGUUUGCAAAUUCCUGUGACAGCGUGUAUUCCUCAUGCACUGAUGGCACUGUAAAAUGUUGGGAUGCUCGAUUAGCCAGUGAAAAACCUGUCCAGCUGUUCAAGGGUUACCCUUCCAAUAGUUUUAUCAGUUUUGAUAUCAGCUGUAAUGAUCAUGUCAUUUGUGCUGGUACAGAAAAAGUUGAUGAUGAUGCAUUGUUGGUAUUUUGGGAUGCAAGAAUUAAUUCUCAGGAUUUGUCUACUACUAAAGACCCACUUGGUGCAUAUUCAGAGACACAUAGUGAUGAUAUCACUCAAGUAUGUUUCCAUCCCAGCAAUCCCAACAUGGUAGUCUCAGGUUCAACUGACGGCCUGGUAAAUGUAUUUGAUAUUACUGUUGAUAAUGAAGAAGAUGCACUGGUUACAACCUGUAACUCAGUUUCAUCAGUAAGCUAUAUUGGUUGGUCUGGGAAGGAUUAUAAACAGAUUUACUGCAUGACACAUGAUGAAGGAUUUUGCUGGUGGGAUCUUAAUCAUCUGGAGACCAAUGAACCAAUUACAUGUUUGAACAUCCCGGAUGUCAGAGAAGUAAUUAAUGUGAAAGAAGGGAUUUUGGACUAUUUGAUUGGCGGCCUAUAUCAUGAAAAGACAGACAAAUUGUUUGUAGUUGGAGGAACAAACACAGGAAUUAUUCACAUAAUGAGCUGUACUACAUCAGGAUUGGUGCAUGUGACCAGGCUUCAGGGAGGGCAUGCUGCUACAGUCCGUUCUUUCUGUUGGAAUAUGCAGGAUGAUUCUUUGCUAACUGGAGGAGAAGAUGCACAGUUGUUACUUUGGAAACCUGGAGCAGUAGAGAAGACGCUUACAAAGAAAGACAGCAUGAAAAUAGCAUCCUCUGUGUACCAGCGAGUUCGAGUUCAUAGUAAUGAUUCUUAUAAGAAAAGGAAAAAGCAGUGAUGUUACAUUGGGAGUUUACUUGACAGGUUUUAUAGUUGCAAAUAAUUAUUUCUGUGUACUACCUGUUGUAGACGUGUUUAAAGCUCAUAUGUAAAUAAAAACAAGCCAGUUAGCAAACAGUCCUGAAAAAAUGUUGAGAAUGGUUUAAUUCGGGUCUUUGUGUAUUCCAAAAUUAUUUUUUUUUAAGUCGCCAUUUGAGUAUGUAAUCAGUGAGUUGAAAGUAAAAUUACAUUCCUCAUUUUAAAAACCCAUCUGUUGAAUUAGUAAAUGUUGAGUUUGAAGAAAUAGCUUUGAUAAAGGCUUUUUAGAAGUAGAUGGCUGGUGUGACUUUAUAAAACAGGUGGUUUGGGCUGUGUUUUUGAAGCUCAAUUUUUUACAUUUUAAAUCAUCUUCAUUAUUUAUAAAACCAAAUCAGACUGUUUCUUCAUUCGAGAAGCUCCUACUUGCUUAAUACAUAUAGAUUACAUUGGCAUAUUUAAAUAUAAAUAUUCUAAUGAAUUUAAAUAGAAUUAAACCUUUUCAGAAA